CUCCCCUGGCACGAGUGCACAGGAGCCCUGGCACGGUCCGAAGGGCAACAGCUGGAGGCAGGAGCUGGACAGGGGAACAGAUGGAUGCACAAGCAAACAGGAUGAGUGCCCGGCCAUCCAGCCCCCUUGCUCUGGAAUACCUCGACGACUUUGACCUGCUGAGGUUCGAGGUGAAGCAGGAGGGCCCCAGGCCGGGGGGCAGCACCUCCCUGAACUCCACCCCAUGCAGUUCGGUGCCCCCCUCGCCCACCUUUGACAAGGCCGGGGACCCCAAGUGCACCCUGGAAGAGCUGUACUGGAUGGCAUCCCUCCACCAGAGCCUGGCGGCGGCCGCUGGGGCUAGCCCCGAGGGCCAGAUGUUGCCAGGUCUGGAUGAAGCUGUGGACGCGCUCUUGGGGGCAGAAGGGGGGCUCCAAGGGGGCACGACUCCCCAGCUGCCCGGGUUCCUGGGGACAACCGAAGGGUUCAGCGGAGAUCAGCAGCAGCUGGCCCUGCUCUCCGACCGCUUCUCGGACGUCCAGCUGGUCUCCAUGUCGGUGCGGGACCUGAACCGGCAGCUCCGCGGCUUGGGCAAGGACGAGGUGCAGCGCCUCAAGCAGAAACGGCGCACCCUGAAGAACCGCGGCUACGCCCAGUCCUGCCGCUUCAAGCGAGUCCAGCAGCGGCACAUCCUGGAGGCCGAGAAGUCCCAGCUGGCUCAGCAGCUAGAGGCCCUGCGUGUCGAGAUGGCCCGGGUGGCCCAUGAAAGGGACGUCUACAAGGCCCGCUGUCAGAAGCUGCUGGGGGACACCGCCAAGGGGUACAUCGGAGAAGAGGCAGAGCCUCCUACUCCUCAGCCUACCUCACUGGCACAGUUUUACCUAUGAAGAGCUCCCUUCCGGGCACAACAGACUGUGCAAAUCAAGUGGGAGACAGAUUUGGGGAGUCGUUUUUUUCCAACCUGGCCAGAAGGGGGCGCUGUGGACUAAGGAGCCCUUGUUCUCUUUCUCCUCGCCAAAGGGUGGCUUGAGGCUGCAGCUCUUGAUAAGAUUUCCCUUUUUUCACCACCAGGGGCGCAAAAGAGCUAGGGCGCGGCCAUGAGUGCAUCCACACAGCAAACCCAUCUUGGUUCUAUAGCUAGCACUGCUUCUCCUCAAAAGGGACCCAGAGUCCCUUUGCAGAACUUCUCAAAUUCUUUGAGGGGGAAAGAAGGACUAUUAAGCCAGUUUAAGCCUGCUGUGUAGAUAUGCCCCAAAUCUGCAGACAGAGGGGGAAGAGAGAGAGUUUUGAUGGUCGUAAUGCUUCCAUCUUCCUCCUAGGUGUGCAAACUUGGCCCUCCAGCUGUUCCUGAACUCCAACUCUCAUCAGUUCAACAGCUGGAGGGCCAGGUUUGCCCACCUCUGUCCUAGAGUGACAGUUCUAUGGGGAGCAGGAUGGUAGCUGGGGCUAGGGACGGGACUGGAGUCAGUAUCUGGGGGUUGUGCGGUGGCAGGGUUCACGCCCUCGCUCACACACCAAACAUAGGCCUGUAAUCAAAACUGUUUUUUCUACACAAUGUACAACUGUGUACUGGAAAACCACAUUAGUGCUGGAAAGUGCAGGCAUAUGCAUCUCAUGUGUCACAUCAGUCCUGUGAUGAUGUUCCUGCACGGAGGCAUCAGCUGGGAAGAAAACCCUCUUGCCUUCAGCGGGAGGCCCUUCUUUGUAGCAUGUCGCCCCCUUCUGCUCCAGCCGGCGGCUUUUCUAGCAGGGGGAAUGCUACGGGGAAGGGAGCGCACGAGGGUGCAUCUGACUAGCAACCUUGGGUAGAACCUUCUGGAAAGAUCAUGCUGGGCUGGGCGGACCAUGCACGCCGCAGUUGGGAGGCAGCCCCCACGGCUGGGCCAUCUCCUCCUUUUCGUUUGCUCCUGGUGAAACCGCGCGGUGGAAAUAAAAUGUAGCGGACAUGCCAUGACAGGG